AUGCCUGUCGGAAUCAACCAGCCGUCUAAUCAAAUCAAGCUCACCAAUGUGUCGCUCGUGCGCAUGAAGAAGGGCAAGAAGCGCUUCGAAAUCGCAUGCUACAAGAACAAAGUCCUCGAGUGGCGCAACAAGAUCGAAAAGGAUCUAUCCAACGUUCUGCAAAUCGAAAACGUCUUUCUCAACGUAUCAAAGGGCCAAGUCGCACCCAAAGCCGAUCUUGAGAAGGCCUUCCCCAAGAAGUCGCUCGAAGACAUCAUCACCGACAUAUUAGACCACGGAGAACUACAAGUAGGCGAGAAGGAGCGUAAUGCCGAGUUGGAGAGAACCAAGAAUGAGGUCAUCGAUAUCGUGGCGGGGAAACUUGUGGAUCCAAAGACAAAGCGCGUCUACACCACGGGCAUGAUCGAGAAGGCGCUGGAUCAGUUAAGCUCGGCAGCGGCGACGCAACAAGGAGAUAAGAGUGAGAACAAGGAGGAUGGCGAGGACAAAGGCAAGGCCAAGGAAAUGCCCAAGUGGUCGGGCAUCGUUACGAACAAGUCGGCCAAGUCUCAGGCACUGUUCGCUAUGAAGGCGCUUAUUGCCCACCAGCCGAUACCUGUCGCCCGUAUGCAGAUGAAGCUGCGCGUUACCUGCCCGACAUCUGUCCUCAAGCAAGCCAUAAAGACCGCACCCAAGGCGCAAGCAGGCACGGAAGAGAAGGGAACUACCGGCACUGUCAAGGAUGCGAUACUGGGCUUCAUGGAGAACAUUGAGAGUCAAGACACCAUAGGCGCCGAGUGGGAGGCAGUCGGUCUCGUCGAGCCUGGAGCCUUCAAGGGCUUGAACGAGCUCAUCGAGGGCCAGACAAAAGGAAGGGGCAAUGUCGAGGUUCUCGAGAUGGCUGUUGGUGCCGACGACUGA